AUGGCGGAGCAGGUCACAGACAGCAUCAAGGGCGAGAAGGUGCAGUGCUUCGGGCGCAAGAAGACCUCCGUGGCCGUGGCGCUGGUGCGCACCGGCAGCGGCCAGGUGCGCCUGAACGGCUGCCCGCUCCACACCGUCAAGCCGGACAUUCUGCGUGUGAAGGUCUAUGAGCCUCUGCUGCUUUUGGGCAAAGAUCGCUGCAGCAAGGUGGACAUCCGCCUCCGCGUCAAGGGGGGCGGCUUCACUGGCCAGAUCUACGCCUUGAGGCAAGCCAUCGCCAAGGGCAUCGUUGCCUACUAUCAGAAGUACAUCGACGAGGCUUCCAAGAAGGAAAUCAAGGACAUUCUGAUGGCUUAUGACCGAUCUCUGAUCGUGGCCGACCCUCGGCGCUGCGAGCCCAAGAAGGGCUCAACUUUGGUCUGGGACUGGAUCGAAUCGUGCCGCGCAGCUUCCUUGGCGGCUCAAAGCACCGAACACGGGAAGUGCCACGACGCUGACAGUAUGGCUGCAGUCCUCAAUGAGCUGGUCACGAACUGCGACUACCAGGGCUUGAAGGCCGCCCUUGCUGACAUGAAGAAAGAGGGCGUGGAUCUGGCGGAGGAAGUGACCAGCCAUGAGUUUGGUCGACGUGGGGCGCGAUCCCCGCUGCACGCCGCCGCGGUGCGGGGCCGCGCGGAGCUGCUGCAGCUUCUGCUCAGCACCAAGGCGGACCCCAACGCCUCCGACGAUGCCGGCACCACCUGCCUCCAUUUUGCUUCCGACUUGGGCCAUUCACGCGUGGCGUGCUACCUGCUCCAGGCGGGCGGCGACCCGAGCCGCCGCAACGGCUUCGGCAGCAGGCCAACUGACAAGCUGGUGAGCAAUAAUUGGGACUCCGAGGACGUCCUUGAGGGCAAAGAGCAGAUUCGGCGGCUGAUCGGAGGCGAGCAGAUCCCCUUUCAGCUCCUGCGCGAAGAACCGGAAGCACCGGACAAGACCGUCACAUCGCCCAGCCACCGCCGCGGCGGUGCGUGA